AUGUUAGUCGUUGGAUUAACUGGAGGAAUUUCUACAGGCAAAUCAACAGUUUCGCAGAGACUACAAAAUGAGCACAAGAUAAAGGUUAUAGACAUGGAUCUAGUCGCUAGACAAGUCGUAGAACCUGGUACGCCAGCACUUCACAAGAUCGUCGAACGUUACGGUGAGAGAGUACUCAAAUGGGAUCCUCAUACAAAGAAGAAUGUUCUCGAUAGACCUGCACUUGGUAGAAUUUUAUUUGCUGAUAAAUCCGAAAAGAAAUGGAUCGAGGGGGUUCUUCAUCCUGUAAUAUUAAAAAAGACAGCAUGGGAGGUUUUAAAAGCUUAUAUCACACUCACACGUGUCGUCGUACUAGACGUGCCCUUAUUAUUUGAAGCAAGUUUACACAAGUAUAUUGGCAUAUCCACGCUCGUCUAUUGCCCUCCGAGUGUACAACUGGAGCGACUGAUGAUAAGAGAUGGCAUUACCCAUGAAGAAGCUGCCAAUAAGGUUAAAUCACAGAUACCCAUCGAUGAAAAACUUCAGCUCUCCGAUGAAAUCAUCUACAACGAUAAGACUAAGCAAGAUACAUUCACUCGUAUAGACGAAGUUGUAGAGGGAUGGUAUAGGCGGACGAGCUGGUGGUACAUCGCUCAAUGGGUUUGUCCUCCGUUAGCUGCGAUACAAGCUGCUUGGAUCAUCUAUAGUAGACGGCAAAGAGUUGUAAAAGUCAAUAAAUCAAAGUAAAAGACGAUUUAUUGUAAUUUUAAAUAGCAAAUAGUUCUAUGCAUACUCCUCAAUAAAGUUCUUCACUGUGUCUAUCAACUUGAGCGUUGGUUUGCUACCCUCAAGCCCGCCUUCAUAGUCGUGUUUGGCAUCUGGCACAACUGUGCUUAGUUUGACACCACCUUUGCUUGAAUCUUGCAUGCGUUUUGCUAAGCUGUUCUUGUCAACAUACUCCGGUACAAAUUGAUCUGCACCGCUAAAUAUCAGCGCAAGAGGUGUCUUAACUUUACUGAAAUUCUCUUCGAAUGUGCUCGAUGGGAGUGUGCUUGUGAAAUAAUCAUCUUGACCACUGUAGGCUUUCGGUCAGAAAAAGUAAAUAAAAGUGGUUAUGACCAACCCUUCCGCAAAUAAAGAGAAAAAUCUAUACGCUGUGAUGGGCGUAGCAAACCACUUACAGGCCUCUCUUGGCAUGGCCUCCUCUUGACGACCCUCAUCAAUCAUCUUGCGUGCAAGUGGAAUGUAUGACUUUAUUGUGUCAUCAAUUGCUUCCCUAUCACUUACAGGAGCCUGACAGAUGGCUGCUUCCACGCCUUCUCUUUCACCAUCCGAGAUUAAAUAGUGGAGAACAUCUUGUGAGCCUGUACUGUGACCCAUUAUGACAACUUUCUUCUUACUACAAGGAGUGUCAGUAGGGAGACUCUAAAACGCGCAAGGAGUAUUAAGGGGGUGGUUCUAAAGUCCAUACCUCUUAAUAAUCCUACUCCUACGCCCACUCACCCCUGCUUGCGUAGUUCUGCGACUGCAUUUGAGAUUUCACUUACAUCCCGGUCGAGUGAGCCAUGAGCGAAACCAUAUCCAGAUGACGAAGUUAAUAAUUGAGCUACACCCCAUCCAGAUGUCUUCAACGUUUCGCUGAGUGGUUCGACGUAUGGCACACUGAGUAGUGUAUUUGUGAGACCAGCGAUGAAGACAAGAACUUUGUCAGACGAUAUAUCACCACUGAGGAACAUCGGCAGCGGUCCUAUUCCGAGUUCAUUUGGGUUGGCAUAUUGAAUAAGCUUUCC